GAAUAUUCUUUAGAAAUAAAUUCUUACGUGAUUUUUGCUUACAGUUAUGGACGGAAUGGUAGGCAACCAAACACUGGGCUAUGACUACGAGUGUACGCCCGGCGACGGGACCUACUGUUCCCGGCUAUCAAACAACACUCACGUAUACAUCGAUAAUCCCAAUGAUAUGUUGGAUCCGUUUCACAUAAACCCCGCAUUCCUGACAAUAGUGAUCACACACGCCAUCACAUUCUUCGUGGGCAUAAUCGGCAACUCCGUGGUGAUCGCCACGUGGGCCAGGGGUGGCAAACUGAGGUCCAGCACCGCCACCUUUCUCGUGUCACUCGCCUGCGCCGACUUACUACUCCUGUUCAUAUACGUGCCCCUCGAGACCCUGGAGUAUUUCGUGAUCACGUGGGACAUCGACGGACAUAUCUGUAAGCUUAGCUCGUUUGUCGAGAUGCUGUCCGGAAUGGCA